CCACAGGGCUGCACACAGCUUCUGACCCUCCCUGACCUAAAGAGACAGCUGUUUACAGCUGACUACAACUCCCAGUAUGAUCUAUGCUGGGAGAUGUAGUAAGAACUGCCCUACAGUCUGCCAGCGCCCCCUCCACCACACUCUCCUUCUCUUCAGACUUCUUAGGCUUUCCCGCCAGAUUAGCGGCUGUCAUCACGUCACUUCCUGUGCGGGGGCCGCCGGGAAGCCGCCCGCCCUCUCCCCACUGCCAUCCAUAGACGCUAGGAGGAGGCCGCGGACAGCCAGUCUCACUAGUGCAGGUGCGGUAUGUGGAUCUGCCUUUCAGGCUAGCUGUUCAGGUAUGGAAGCUGAGGAGACGAUGGGCUGCAUUCAGGAAUUUCCGGACCACUAUAAAGUGAUGAUGGACCGGUUAAACGAGCAGCGGGAACUGGACCAGUUUACUGACAUCACGCUGAUUGUGGAUGGACACCAAUUCAAAGCCCACAAAGCCGUCCUUGCCGCCUGCAGCCAUUUUUUCUACAAAUUCUUUCAGGAUUUUACAGAAGAGCCAUUAGUGGAAAUAGAAGGUGUCAGUAAUGUUGCCUUCCGACAUCUAAUAGAAUUCACGUAUACUGCAAAACUAAUGCUACAAGGGGAAGAGGAGGCCAGCGAUAUAUACAAGGCAGCCGAGUACCUCCAGAUGCACGAGGCCAUCAAAGCACUUGAGUUCAGGAACAAAGAGACCAUAGUGAUCGAAGAAAAGCCACAAGAUGAAGAAAAUUUAAAAAAAUGGAGGAUUUCUGACACCAACAGUGUCAUCACAGAGGCCAUGACGAAUUCCGAUGACGAAGGCGAACCAGUGGAGAUUGAAGUUGAAAUAACCGAAGGAACAAUUGAACUGGAGGAAAACCUGGAGACCCUGGAAGCAGGGACGUCACCCGAACAGUCAGUGAAAUACAUUCAGAGUACAGGCACGUCAGAUGACUCGGCCCUAGCCCUUCUAGCGGACAUUACCAGCAAGUACCGCCAAGGAGAAAGAAAAAGGCAGCUGCAGGAAGACAGCGCCAAUGAAAGCGAUGCUGCGGGCAAUCAGGUAGAAGGCAUUGAAAUUAUGGAGGUUCAUCUGUCACAUGUCAACAGCAUGUUCCCUUGUCAGAAAUGUAACCGUUCAUUUAAAUUGUUUUACCAUUUAAAGGAACACAUGAAAUCACACUCCGAGGACAAUUUUAAGUGUGAAAUAUGCAAUAAAAGCUACGUACGCGAGAUUGCGUGGAAGCAACACCUCACCUGCUAUCACCUAGAAGAAAGCGCCGCCUGCAGGAGGCCGAGGCCGGGCAAAAAAAUCCACGUUUGUCAGUACUGCGAUAAACAGUUUGAUCACUUUGGACAUUUUAAAGAACACCUAAGAAAGCAUACAGGUGAAAAACCCUUUCAAUGUCCUAACUGUCAUGAACAUUUUGCUAGGAACAGCACACUCAAAUGUCACUUAACAGCCUGUCAGCAUGGUGUUGGUGCGAAGAAGGGAAGGAAGAAACUAUAUGAAUGUCAGGUUUGCGAUAGUGUCUUUAAUUGCUGGGACCAGUUUAAAGACCACCUAGUUCUUCACACUGGCGACAAACCCAACCAUUGCACGCUGUGUGACAUGUGGUUUAUGCAAGGCAGCGAGCUACGGAAACAUCUCCGUGAUACUCACAACAUCGCUGAGAGAAUAGUGACUGAGGUCGUCCUUCCCUCCGAACAAACCGAAGCAGAGGCGGUAUCCUCGAUGGCGUUUGUGGAGCACGUGGAACAAGUCCACGUGGUGCCGGUAGAUCAAGUCAUUCAAGUUCAAGUUGAUCCACCUCAACUAACCGUUGGUCACUUGCACCAGGAUCUUCUAGAAGUGAACCAAGUGAAAGGUGCCCACAUACUGGAUCUCCAGACGCAGGUUCAUAUGGGUCACAUAGAGGUCGAGCAUCUUCAGAUAGACCCAGGAACUGAGGUUCACGUUGAGGAAGUGCACGUUGAACAUGUUAAUGAGAUACACAUGGAAGAGGUGGAGGCACAACUUCUGGAUGAGUCCAGUAUUCAACAUAUUGAACAUACUAUUGAGGACCAAUCCUGCCAGGCAGAGGUUGCCGAAUAUCAUCAAAUCGUCCACACAGGGGCCGACAACAUACAGAUAAGACAGAUUGAGAUGACACAUAUAGAAGCUGCCGCUGAAUAGGAAGGACAUUACGGUAGAACUCAGAAGGCUGGUUUGCGCUUAGCAGAGGUUUCUACUGCGUUUCGAGGCGUUGUCUAGGGAUGGAAAGACAGACGUUUUCCUCUAGAAAUAGUACCACACCUGUUCACAGGUUGUAAGUGGUAUUACAGUGCAGCCCAGUUCACUUUGAUGCAGGCUUGGCAGUGUUUCAGGACGAAAUUGGCCCCGGGGCUAUGUUCCUCUGUUGAAGAAGGGAAUGAUUGUGGUAGUCGCACGGAUAUUACCUAACAUUUUACUUCUAAUCAUCCGAAGUAUUUAUCUUCCGCCUAAAGGACUGAUUCAGCGACAUAUGGCAGCGUGUAAGUGGCUUAAAGAAAAUCUCCAGUCAGUCGUUUCCUAUAGCACUGAUGAUGUAUUCUUUACCUGUACAUUGUCAAGGUUUAAAGGUGCUGUGCAGCAGGUACAUAUUAGUCCCUCGUCCUCGGGACAAGUCCUAAAUAUCAGAUCAUCUGCUGAUCGGCUGCUUCACAAUUACACUGCACGGUGUAUGCACCACUGCAUUCAGAUGGGAGGAGAGGUUGUAAUUACACUGUGAGUGAGGCGGCGUGCAGUGUAGUUCUGAAGCAGAAGCAGCGCUCGCACAAGCUCCGCCUCCUCUAAAAGCAAAACUGCCCGUGUUGCCCAUACCCGCCAAUCACAGCGCAGCUUUUAUUUAAUGUUCUGCUCUUGAAAAAUGAAAGCUGCGCUUUGAUAGGUUGCUAUGGACAGCAAAGCGUUUUUCUAGACCAUUUCAUAAAAACUGCCCGCUAUGUAAUAAAGCUAUGUUUUCAUUUUCUUUCAUCAUUGGUCUUCUGCGGGGGAAACCGAAGUAACAUCAUGCUUUGACUGGAUUAUUUCUUUAAGCUCAUGUGAUGUGAAAAAUAUUCUCUUGAACUCCUUUGUUAAUAUACAGUGUCUAAUGUAAAGAGAUGAUUGCAAUUUUUUUAGGGGGUCUUUUCUAACCAGACUACCAGCUACGCACCUGCAGCACCCACCGCCGCGAUCAGACACCCCAUUUAAGAGAGAAGCCUGUCAGAUCUUCUUGUCAGCCCUG